AUGAACAGAGAUGAGUUGGUAUUAAAAAGGGUUAUUAAAAAGAAUAAUGCCAAUGAAAAGGCUCUUCAGAAAAUAGAUGGAAAUGUUUUGGAGAGAUUAAAAAGAGCAACUGAAUUGGAGAAUCCCUAUAAGAUAAGAAUAGAUAAAAGAAGGGAGCUUGAUCAGGCUAAGUAUGAAAACAGCUUAAAAGAGAUUAUUCGCCAAGAUUAUUAUCCAGAUCUUGAAUACAUGAACAGGAACAAAAAUGAUCAUGAUAGUAUUAAGACAAUUAUUAAUAAUCCCCCAGGUACUUUAAAUAUGAAUGAUUUUAAUAGUUUUGGUAAUCAUGAUAAUAAUACUAAAUCAUUAACAUACAAAAAGUUACCGAAUGUCACAGAGUUCCAGUCUAAAUAUACCCAUAAGAGUCAUUUAGCUCUCUUAGAUUUAACUAAUGAAGACCAAAUAAAGAGGAGAGAAAAGGAAAGUUGGAUAGAAGAGCAAAGUUUUAAACAUAAUCUUAAAAGAGAAAUUAAUAUUAUUAAAAUGCAAGAGAAAAGUUCUGGUGAUCUUAAUCAAUUUGAUGAGAAAUCUCUUAUUUUGAAUAAAAGUCAGUCCAGAAACAAUUUCAUGUUUCCAAACUAUAGUCAUCAUCAAGUAAAUAAAGAAAUUAGUACUCUUGAUAAUAGAGAAAAGCUUAUUAAUCCUCGAAAUACAAGAUAUAAUUAUAUGGAUGACUUUGAGAAAGAUGAAAGGAUGCUAAUUCUUAGAGAAAUACAAAGUAAAACAAAAGAAGUUACUAAGACUCAAAGUUCGGGUUUUCUAUUUCCUGACAAGAAAAAGGCUUCUAGUAAUUUGCUUAUGAAGUCUCCUCUAAUCAAAAAUGCUCUUAGAAGAUCACAGAAAAGCGGUAUACUAUUUGAUCACCAACUAAGAGAUUCAUAUUCUUACAAGGGAAAAAGUAAACAGAGCCUUUCAAGAUUUACUUAA